GGGCUCCGGCUGGCUGCUGGGCUCCCGCUGGCUGCCGGGCUCGCGCCGCAGAGGCAGGUGAGGCGCCUGUGGCCACGCGGCAGAGGGCGCGGGCCGAGGGAGCCAGUCGUGGGGGCGCGCGCGCAUGGAGGCGGUGCCGGCGGCCUCCUGAGGACAGCCGGGAGAGCGGAGCGGCCACCUCGUGCAUCCGUCAAGCCGCCUCGAGCCCGCGGCACCCGGCGGCUGCGGGCCGCGGAGCCGGCGCGGCCAUGGCGACGGGCAGUCAGCAGAAGGAGAACACGUUGCUUCACCUCUUCGCCGGCGGGUGUGGAGGCACGGUUGGUGCUAUUUUCACUUGUCCACUAGAAGUCAUUAAGACGAGGUUGCAGUCUUCAAGAUUAGCUCUUCGGACAGUCUAUUAUCCUCAGGUUCAUCUGGGGACCAUCAGCGGAGCUGGGAUGGUGAGACCAACGUCAGUGACGCCUGGACUCUUACAGGUUCUGAAGUCGAUCUUGGAGAAGGAGGGACCAAAGUCACUUUUUAGAGGCUUGGGUCCAAAUUUGGUUGGAGUUGCACCAUCAAGGGCUGUGUACUUUGCAUGCUACUCCAAAGCCAAAGAGCAGUUCAAUGGCAUUUUCGUGCCUAAUAGCAAUACUGUGCACAUUUUCUCAGCUGGCUCUGCAGCUUUUGUCACAAAUUCCUUAAUGAAUCCUAUAUGGAUGGUUAAAACCCGGAUGCAGCUAGAACGGAAAGUGAGAGGCUCCAAGCAGAUGAACACGCUCCAGUGUGCUCGCUAUGUUUACCAGACGGAAGGCAUUCGUGGUUUCUACAGGGGACUAACUGCCUCGUACGCUGGAAUUUCAGAAACCAUCAUCUGUUUUGCUAUUUAUGAAAGUUUAAAGAAGUAUCUGAAAGAAGCUCCCUUAGCCUCUUCUACAAAUGGGACUGAGAAAAAUUCCACAAAUUUUUUUGGACUUAUGGCAGCUGCUGCUCUUUCCAAGGGGUGUGCUUCCUGUGUCGCUUACCCCCAUGAAGUCAUAAGGACACGGCUCCGGGAGGAGGGCACCAAGUACAAGUCUUUUGUCCAGACUGCUCGGCUGGUCUUCCGGGAAGAAGGCUACCUGGCCUUUUAUAGAGGACUCUUUGCCCAGCUCAUCCGGCAGAUACCAAAUACUGCCAUUGUGUUGUCUACCUAUGAGUUAAUUGUGUACCUGUUAGAAGACCAUGCUCAGUAACAGGCCCGAAAAUUGUGCUCUAGAAGAAUAAAACUGAGAAACUCUAGAGAAUUUUUUUUUUUUUUCCAUUGAUGUGUAGAAUGUUUGAGACUGAAACAGGAAAGGCCGUAGAAUAUCUGGCUUGUAUCACCUGUUGGACAUUUCCUUUUGGAUUCAUGCUUUCUGGAAGGUUUAAAUUCAUUAACGUUAACAGUUAAUUAUAACUUUUGGUUGGUUUUUUUGUUUUGUUUUGUUUUAACUUAAGAGAAUUCAGGAUUAAGCAGCCAGUAAAUUAAAUCAUGGUAUUUAAG